CCGAUAGUCAGUAGCGGUGCAGCUCAGGAGGAGGAAACAACCAUGAGAGAGUAGCUAGCAUGCACGGACAAUUUUAAUGUCAAUGGCGUCUGUCAAAAGGAAAUUAUAUCAGCGUUUGCUGUUCUUUCUCGUUUUUCUUCCAGUCUCAGGUGUUUUAUGCUUUAGUGAGUUAUUUUUCGUCAAGGAGCCCCACGAUGUCACCGUCAUGCGGAAAGAAGCGGUGAUUUUGGACUGUCAGGCGCGUGGAGAGGCAACCAUUGACGUCAGAUGGCUCAAGAAUGGAGUAAAAGUAGUGGAGAAUGAACGGGUGUACCUGCUCUCCAAUGGCUCCCUUUAUUUUUCAGAGGUGGAGAGCAGAAGAGGAGACAAAUCAGAUGAAGGGUUCUAUCAGUGCCUUGCUCAGAACAAGUACGGGGCAAUCCUGAGCCAGAAAGCCCGUCUUACAAUCGCAAGUAUCUCCUCUUUUGCAAUCCAGCCAACAUCUGUAGUGGUGACUGAAGGCUCAGUUGCCAGGUUUUCCUGUAAAAUCAGUGCACACCCUCCUCCCAUCAUCACUUGGGAGUUCAAUCGUGUCACAUUACCCCUCACCACUGAAAGAAUCACAGUCCUGCCCAGUGGUGUUCUUCAGAUCUAUGGUGUGCAGCGGGCAGAUACUGGAAACUACCGCUGCAUCGCCACCAACAUUGCCAGUCGCCGCCGAAGCACGGAGGCCACCCUCACUGUCACCCCAGCUCUUAGCCCCCAGCUUCCCCAGAGACCACGCAUUAUCACCAGACCACAGAACAUUUCGGUGUCACUGCACCAGAGUGCCAUCCUGGAGUGCAUGGCCACAGGCAAUCCUCGACCCAUCAUCUCCUGGAGCCGAGCAGACAGCAAGUCCAUCGAUGUUUACAACACCAAAGUGUUAGGAAACGGCAAUCUCAUUAUCACGGACAUCAAACCCCAGCACGGAGGAGUCUAUAUGUGCAGAGCCACCACGCCCGGCACACGAAACUACACUGUCGCUGCAGCCAACGUCACUGUACUAGCACCCCCUUCCUUGUCGGAGUGGCCGGAGAGCCUGACCCGUCCACGUGCCGGUACCGCCCGCUUUGUGUGCCAUGCUGAAGGAGUUCCCACGCCUCAGGUCACCUGGCUCAAGAACGGAGAGAAAGUUCACUCCAAUGGUCGGAUUAAGAUGUACAACAGCAAACUGGUCAUCAACCAGAUCAUCCCUGAGGAUGAUGCCAUCUAUCAGUGUCAGGCAGAGAACGAGCAAGGAUCGGUCCUCUCUAUGGCGAGGCUCAUUGUGGUGAUGUCAGAAGACCGGCCAAGUGCGCCCAGGAAUAUCCGAGCUGACACAGUGUCGAGCUCUGCCAUCCUGCUGGCUUGGGAGAGGCCUCUGUACAACUCAGACAAAGUUAUUGCUUAUUCUGUGCACUACAUGAAGGCCGAAGGAUUAAACAAUGAGGAAUAUCAAGUUGUCAUUGGAAAUGACACGACUCGGUACAUUAUUGAUGAUCUGGAGCCAGCUCACAACUACACCUUCUACGUGGUGGCCUAUAUGCCCAUGGGAGCCAGUCGAAUGUCAGACAAUGUGUUCCAGCACACGCUUGAGGAUGUUCCCCUGCGUGCCCCAGAGCUCAGCCUCACCAGCCACAGCCCCACAGACAUCCAGGUGUCCUGGCAGCCUCUUCCAGACAAGCUCAGUCGUGGCCGAGUCUCCGGCUACCGCUUGUCCUAUCGCACCAGCUCUGAGAGUGCAGUGUCCCAGAUAGAACUACCUGGAGAAAAGACCCAACAUCUGCUGGAAAACCUGCAGCCAGACACCAUCUACCUUCUGCGUAUUGUUGCGGCUACCAGCAUAGGGUGGGGUGAGCAGUCUGCCUGGACAUCUCACCGCACUCCAAAGGCAUCCAGUGCUCGAGUUCCUCUGGCUCCUGAGCUGCAUUUGGAGCCUUUGAACUGCACCACUAUUUCAGUGCGCUGGCAGUUGGCACCCAAGAACUCAGCCAGUGUGCAAGGCUACAAACUCUUCUACCACGAGGAGAGCCAGCCUGAAGGCGCCCCGCUGCAGCUGCGUGCCUCUGAUUAUGCCCACACCAUCGGAGGCCUCGACCCAAGAAAGAAGUACCACGUUAAGCUACUGGCUUACAAUGUUGUUGGAGAUGGAUACCAAGCAGACCAGACCAUCAGCACCCCUGGAUGUGUCUCUGUCCGAGAUCGCCUGGUGCCACCUCCACCUCCGCCACACAAUGUGUACGCCAAUACCAACAGUUCGACUGCUGUCUUUCUGCACUGGGGCAGACCAGCCUUCACCUCCAGCCAGGCAAUCAACUAUACUGUCCGCUGCAACCCAGUUGGCCUGCAGAACGCCUCCCUGGUGCUCUACCUGCAGACGAGUGUGCAGAGCCUCCUGGUGCAAGAUCUGGAGCCCAACACCAAGUAUGAAUUUGCUAUUCGCCUUCAUAUUGAUCAGCUGUCCAGCCCCUGGAGCCCUGUGGUCUAUCAGACUACUCUUCCUGAAGCUCCCACGCUGCCACCUUCCAACGUCAAAGUGACUGUGAUUGAGGAGGACACAGCUCUUGUUUCAUGGAAGCUCCCAGAUGAACCUAAUUUAGCUGUGACUCAUUACACAAUCCUGUAUGCUUCUAGAAAUGCCUGGAUAGCCGGGGAAUGGCAAGUGCUGCAAAGAGAAGGGAGCAUCACCAUGGCGCUGCUGGAGAACCUGAAGCCUGGACAGGUUUACUUGGUGAAAGUUUCUGCAUCCAACAGCAUGGGCGAUGGACCAUUUUCUCACGCGGUAGAACUGACCGUACGAACAGAUCUCUCCUCUGGUCAAGAUCUCCACCUCUCUCGUGGAUCUACACACUCAACAGCCUUUUCUGAUGGAUUUUACCACCUGGACCAAAAGUCAAUGACGGGUAUCAGUGUGGGAGUCUGCAUCGCUCUCAUCUGCAUCAUCAUCUGUGCUUUCAUCAUCAUCUGCAGAGGCAAAAACAGGAAAUUUUCAUCUGUUAAAACGUACAGAGAAGGGGUGAACACAUCUGCAGCAGCUGCAGGACAUCUGGGUGCUGAGGGACAAGUUGAGGGCACCGAUGUGGCCGUGCCAAUGAUGAGUCGAAGUAAUUUCAUUGAUGCCAAGGGGGGAACAAACCUUGUCAUCAAUUCUCUCGGCCCUGUUCAGCCCAGCACUGAGAAGAAAAGGAAAUGGUUUUCCUUCGGCGGUGGAGUGAAAAAGGACAGUAAAACCAUGCAGAAUAUGAGACACAGCUCUGCAUCUUAUCAGCCAGGCAUCACAGUGUUGACCUACGAGGAGGAGUUGUCCAUGUCCCUGAAUCAGCCCCCCACCCUGCAGGUCCUGCUCGGGCAUCCCGGCGACACGGAGGGAUCUUCUAACAGCGAAGGCAGCCACGAAACUGGAGACUCCGGUCGCUACUCUCACGACGAGAUGGAGUUGACCAACCUGUCUGGUCCCAGUAGCCGGCCACCAUCUCUGAAAGCAGAGGACAGCGGAGAUUCGGACUGCAGCGGCCCCGCAGAAGAGCCGAAUGAGCUGUCGGAGGACAGUCAGACUGACAUGAAGGUGAAAGAGUCUGUCGAUAUCAGCUGCUGUGAACAUGAAGCCCAGAGCGUUUCUCAGUCUGCACUUCCUGUCUAAGUGUGUAGACGUGUGUGUGUGUGCGUGUGUGUGCGUGUGUGUGUGUGCGUGUGUGUGUGUGUGUGAGGGCGUGAAGGCAGCGGUGUACUUGCAGAAAAAUUUAACUGUUGAGGCUGUCGCAUCAUAAAAACGUGAGUUCGCCACAGCUUCCUUUUUGUUUAUUUACACUCCAUGUCAAGGGAGGCAAAUAACAGUUAUAGGCAGAUCUUAGGACACAUGCUCAUUCACUUUCUGGUGGAAAGUUAGAUUAGAAGAUCAAUAUCACUCAUGUAUCUGUCAAAUGCAAAGCUUAACCCAUUUAGCUUAGCUUCGCACAAAGAGUGGAAACAGCCACCCUGAACAAAGACAACACAAUCCAUCUACCAGCAUCAUUACACCUCAGCUGUUUAAAGUGUUUCAAUUUUAAAUCAAAGUGUGGAUUUUUGGGGCAUUUAUGCAUCAGACAACAACUCUGGCUGAGAGCAGUGACUUCCUGGAGUCUCGGCUAGUUGUCCAGCGACUGUGCAGAGCCAAGAAAUAGUCCAGCACAUAGCCCUCUGCAAAACAGCUAUUUGUUGUUUUUCACUUUGUUUCUCCCUAUAAAACAAUUGACAUACAACAUGUUAAUUAGUGCGCUUUAGAUUUGCUGGUAGUUUGAUUUUGUUACUUGGGAGCAGAGGAGGUUACAGUAGCUGUUGUGAGUCUAGACUUUGUGCCAAACUAAGCUCAUCAACUGAAGCUGCGAAUUGAACUGAAGGGGUGAGAGUGAUAGCGAUCUUCUCAGCUAACUCUCAGCCAAAAUGAGAAUAAGCACCCAAAAAAAAUCCACAGUCAAGAAACACAAAGACCCAUCCACACUAACCUUCUCAGUUUAUUUUUUCUGCCACUACAUUGCAGGCCUGAAUGUCAGUGUGAGAGUCCUGUAAGCAUGAAAGAGAGGCGUAAAGAAGCAAAGGGGAACAUUUUUCACCUUUACCCCUUUUUCUUGCUACAGACAGUGAACAGGAAGCCAACCAAGGCCUUUGCAGUACGAAAUGUUGGCAGGAACGGUCGUUUGAUUUCUUUUACUUCUAUCUUUUCCUUUCAAUGAAUGUAAUUUUUUUUUCUCUUUAUUUGUGUGUAUGUUUUUGGAAAAAGAAAAUCUCACCCACCAUGAAUGUUUAAGAAAAGAUUGUCGAAGUGACAUUUCUGACAUUAUUUAAUAGAGUUUAUCACUGGAGCGAAGGGAAGCGUGAGUCCUUUUUGCUGAUUAUCUACCUCUUGUUUGCCUCUGGGUAAACUUUCCACUGUAUAUUUAAUAACUACUUAUACCUAUGUUAUGUGAUGAGCUGCUUCAGCUGCAUUGCAUUUUAUACUUCCUGAUGACUUUCUUCCUGAUCGUCAUCCCGUUUUGUCUUUUUUUCCCUUGCUUUGUUCUGAUUUACCGGGUGGUAAGGGCGCUGCAGCUUCGUCCUCUCGCUCCACCUGUUGUGUGGAUUGAAGGAUGAAAAACACACAUUAUUUAUCCCCUCAGAUGUUGCUGAGGUACUGAGCCAGUAUUAAUAAUAUUUUUUUGUUCAUUUUGUCCAUUAUUGAGUAAUGGUAUGAUGGAAAUAAUAAGUGUCUCCAUUGUUUUGUAUGUUAGAGUGCAGCUGCCCUUGCUAUUCCCGUUUUAUACUACCUCGUUUAAGAAUUAAUUUUAUUGUCUUGUUGUUUUCCUAAACUCAGGGAACAAGGUUUAGUACAUUUGAAAAGUCAUGUAGUGUUACAUGGUGAACUGACAGGGUAUCUUAGUACUAAACUGUUGUAGUGUGUAAUUGCCUAAAAAUGCUAUGAAUGUAUCUCUGACAUUGUGUGCCAGUAGCCCAGAAGUUUGUGCUGCCCUCCACACAGAUGGAAGCCCACUCUAUAGUUUUCUCCUCGGGCUCUACGAUGUCUGAUUUUUACAACAACACUCCCGUGUUUGUUGACUUCUUCAUUUUAUUUGUGUUAAACCAGAAGUGCUUGCAGUGACGUGUCGGUUCAGAAAAGCUUUAUAAUUGGCCUUAAUGUGGAAAGUGUCCCUCAGACGCCCAAACCAAAGCUGAAUCUGUCUGAGGGAGAAGCUCCACGUGAGAAUGCAACACAUGAAGAAUGAUUGUAGUGAAAGCAAUGGAAGUGUUAAAUCAGAGACUGAAGUGAAGAACUGAAUGAACACCAUGAAAUGUUUUUCUUCUAAAAAUCUAUAUUUUUGUUAGAAGAUAAUGUACUUCUGAGUACACUUUGUAGUUACUUUUUUGUUUUGCUUUGCUGUAGAGUAGGUGAAGAUUAGCACUUGUCUGCCAAGUAGUUUUGUAUUAGAGGCCAAUGUGCAGCGGUGACUGUGACGCUAUUUACCCAAAGAGUUGUUUGCUAAUUGAAUUUUAUUUUAGUCUCUCAACUAAUCUCCGGCAGAAGGUUACUGAGGAAUGUGAAAUAAUCGUUAGACCAAAGAUGAAACGCGGCCUUGGAGAUCAGUUGAGGUGAUGUUCCUCAAACAAAGCCUUGCACAUUAGUGGCCUUGACCCGUGGCGUAGAGAGUGCAGAGAGCCGCAGGUUCAAACUGUGAGGAAGUGCCGGAAGGAUUCACAGGUGCUUGACGGCGAUUCAGUGACAAUUAAUAAUCAAUAUUAUGCACACUAACCAAAUUAUCCUGUCGCAGAGUUCCUCGAAAACUGUUGCAAACAGAUGUCUGUACAUUGUAGGUGAAUAUUAUAAGAGAUAAAUAAAGGAUAUUAUAUUGUUUAGUAUUCUGUGUUGCAACAGUGCAGGUGUGUGUCGGUGUGCACCCGCUGAUAUUUCGCCUUUUUUGUGUUUGUGACAUUUCCUCGAUCGAAAUAUAAAGUAUUUUUGAAAUGUAUGAGCUAUUAUUCAAAUAUAAGACCUAUAUUUAUCCUUUUAAUCUCUAACAAAUUGAAAUUUAUUGCUAGUUUUGAAUUAUUUUAUGGUACAAGAGAGAUAUUAGAAACAUCAGUGGGUGCACAAAUGUUCCCACAUUUUAAUCAGAGGAUUCUGCAGAGGAUUCAAUCAUGGGGAUGAAAAGUAACACAAUCAGUUUUUUCUUUAAAAAAGCAAACAAUGCAAACCAAAGAAUUUUUUUUCAAAGGUCACCGUUGCAUAUUGGCAAGAGAUCAGUUUAUAAGCAUCCUAUCCUAGUGUGAAAUGUUGUCAUUUUCAGUGUUCUCAUUCACAUUUUGUAACUGUAUGAUGUGUUUUCCUAUGAGAAAGCAGGAUGAAAAUGUUUCUUAGUCAUCCUUUAUUUCCACAAAAUCAAAUGUUGUCCCUUUUUUAAUCUGUUGUCUUUUCAGGAUGGAUGUUUUUUUGACACAGUAAAGUCAUGUUAUCCUGGUAGACAGCUCCAUUUUCACCUUAAUGUGUUCAUAUAUCCUGUAUUCUUAGAGCUUUAAAGGCCCAGUCCAGAAUCUGAAAACAUGCUUAUUUUUCUGAAGCCAAAUCAGGUUUUAUCAUGUUAUGACGAUACCGGCUUCCUGCUUCAAAAAAAUACUUCAGCUUUUCAGGUUUUUCAAAUUGAGCUAAUAAAACACAACCAGUGGGGUCGUACAGAUUCUGUGUUGGGUCUUUAACAGUUCAUGCAGGUACAUAAGUGCUACCUUAGGUGUUCCAUACAGAGAUGAAACAUACUUGGGUUGUUGGUUGAGGUUGAGCCGUCAUCAAACAAGCCACCCAGGAUUUUUAUCUGCUGCUUUUCAUCUCAUAAAUGUGUUACGUUGGAAUUGUGUUGCUGUCCGAGCAUGUGAAUUAGAAGGGACGGAACACGGAGUCUGGUAUGAACUGACGAACUGUGCUCUUUGUUCUGCCUUUUGCAGUAAUGUUUAAUUAAAAUGUGGUGGAGCACUGCGGGUCAUUUACAGUCAAACUCAGGGGGACCCACAGCCGCUCCACCUCCAGGAGAAAGCAGGUUUCAACUCUUGAAAUUGAGGAAUGUAUCUUUUUGUAAUUAUUAUGUUAUCUGUUAUUUUCUGUUAAAUGUUUUUGUUACAUUUUGUCUGUGUCAGCAAAAUUUCUUGCCAGUUGUUAUUUUUUUCCAAAAAUGUUUAGUUAGGAGAUUUUAGACGAUGGUUAAUAAUGAAACAGUCUGAUUCUCAGUUUAAAUAAAAGUACAAAAACUA